AUGGCAGAUGAAGCAACAGAAGCUUGUGUCAAAUGUGUCUACGGACUCAUCACCUCGACGAUACUUGCUUUCUUUUUCCUAUGCAUUGGUCCAUCCAACCCCAAAUUUUCUAUCGAGAGAUUAUACGUUCCUUCGCUGGACGUACACUCGCACAAUAUCCAAGCCAUCAACGCCAACACUAUAUCGUUCCGUAUGGCAUUUUGGAACACUAUGUCGCUUAAGGAGACUUACUGUGAUGAUGUCAACGUGACGGUUUAUUACGGCAAGAACUUAAGUUUACCGAUUGCUACUACUACUAUACCCGAAUUUACGAUCGAUAGGAAAGGGAUUUUCUAUGAUGGUGAGACAAUUGAAACUGUUGAUGUGCCUUGGGAGGAUGCUAGAUCGGUUGUCUCAAAUGGAAGUACAGUCAUGUUUCGAGUGAACUUGGUUACGAAUAUCAGGUAUACCACUACUUUUGCAGCGUGUUUUAUUACAGAGUAUCUGUCGGGGUUAUUUCCGUACACAAGAAGAUACGGGAUGAGGGUGGGAGCUUAUAUCGACGUCAAUGACCAUGGAAAGUCUACUGAGAAAAUUAAUUGGCUAUCCUCUAAGGCUGCUCCAGUGCAUGUUACCAACUGCGUUAGCGUUAUUAUUGUUGCAUUAUUAGUUCUACUGUUUACUACUAUUUCUCUUUAA